CUGCUCACUAGUCUCUUGACUCUUCUCCUUCCUCCCCCAAGCUCUAGAAAGAUGGGCGAACAACUGGUUUCAUAUCAACCCCAAUCUCUAUGAUAAAUAAGAUCUCUUCUUCUCCAAGAAGAUGAUGACUCUUUUAGACUCACUUUACUGUGAAGAGAAGCACCAAUGGGAGGAUGACGAAGAAGAACCAGUGGGUAGUUACAGCUGUGUUGAUAAUCACCCUCAACACACACUCCUCGAACACGACCUAUAUUGGGAAGACCAAGAGUUAUCCUCUCUCAUUUCCAAAGAAUCCGACGAAUGUUUCGACAACAAUGGCCACAUCAGUCCUUCCGCAAACCACCGCCGUGAGGCGGUGGAGUGGAUGUUGGGAGUGGUCUCGCAUUACUCAUUCACGGCCCUCACGGCGGUGCUCGCCGUCAACUAUCUUGAUAGAUUUUUUGACAGAUUUGGAGGGUUAGAAUCGGAGAAGAAGCAGCAGCAGCCAUGGAUGACCCAACUUGCUGCUGUUUCUUGUCUUUCUCUCGCUGCUAAAGUUGAAGAAACACAUGUCCCACUUCUUCUAGAUCUCCAAAUGGAGGGGAGCAAAUACGUUUUCGAAGCAAAAACAAUUCAAAAGAUGGAGAUUCUAAUACUUUCGACUCUUGAAUGGAAGAUGAACCCCGUGACUCCACUCUCAUUCCUCGAUUAUAUCACAAGAAGACUCGGAUUAAAGAGCUAUCUCUCUUCCGAAUUCCUCAAGAGAUGCGAGUGUCUCCUACUAUGCUUCCUUCCUGAUGGUAGGUUUAGGUCUUAUCUUCCAUCAGUGAUAGCAACAGCAACGAUGGUGCAUGUAAUUCACAGUGUAGAGCCAUGUAUUGGAAAUGAAUACGAAUCUCAACUACUGGGUAUUCUUGGCAUCAAUAAGGAAGAUGUGGAGGAGUGUUGGAAACAAAUCCAGGAGAUAACAUGUAGUAGAAAUGGAGGUCGACAUUUCAAUAAACGGAAGUUCGGGGCAGUACCCGGGAGCCCAGAUGCUGUAAUGGAUCUGUCUUUCAGCUCCGAUGAGUCAUGGUCGGUGGAGAACCCAUCGGUUCCAUCGUCGCCGGAGGGAGGAGCCAAAAAAACCCGCAAGGGUGAAGCCUGAGGGAAGCUUUUGUGUUAAAUGUUUAUUUGAUUUGAUGUUAAAUUGCCAACCAUCUUUGCAUUUAGUCCACCUUGAUAGCCCCACCAAAUUGAGACUUUGAAGUUGUGUGGUGAGUUUUGGAGGUAAAGAUGGUCGGCAUUUUAUCCGGAUAAAAAGUAAGAAAAAAAAAUGAAAUGAUUAGAGCAAUGUCUUCUUCAUUCCCUUUGUAAAAUUAAAAAAAAAUGAACAUAUAUGUUAAUGUCAAUAAGAACAUUCCCAUGGUCAAAAGUAACAUGU